AGCACCGCCAUCGGCUCACUGACGCCUCGACGCGCGAUGUUUGGCGAGCGCUGGCUGCUGCGCUUGAAGGCCGAUGUGUGAUUGGUGUUCUGCCACUGUCCGCCAGCAUGGUAGACAUGGAGAAGCACUACAGCCCCCCGUCGCCGCUGGACGACUCCGUGCUGGACAGUCCUCUGUGCCGGGACUUCAUCGGGGGAAUGGAAGACCUUCAGGACAUCUCUCAGUCCAUCGAAGAGGACGCCCUCAGCAGCUUCGAGGUGACGAGAACCAGUCUUCAGGUCUGGGCUCCGGAUCGGAGAGCUCCACUGCAUGCGCUGACUCCCGCGUCCAGCCCGGCGUCAGGUGUGGCGGGACAGGACGAGUUCACCUGCACCUCUCUGAACCUGGAGUGUCGCGUGUGUUCGGACCGCGCGUCAGGAUACCACUAUGGGGUUCACGCGUGUGAGGGCUGCAAGGGUUUCUUCCGCCGGACCAUUCGCCUCAAGCUGGAGUACGAUAAAUGUGAACGACGCUGUAAGAUCCAAAAGAAGAACCGAAACAAGUGCCAAUACUGUCGCUUUCAGAAGUGCCUGUCGGUGGGCAUGUCCCACAGUGCCAUCCGCUUUGGGCGAAUGCCACAGUCGGAGAAGCUGAGGUUAAAGGCGGAGAUCCUAACGGGGGAACGAGAGGUCGAGGACCCGCAACUGGCCGAUCAGAAAACCCUGGCCAAGCAGAUCUACGAGGCCUACCUGAAGAACUUCAACAUGAACAAAUCCAAAGCAAGGACCAUCCUGACGGGCAAGGCAAGCACGCCGCCUUUUGUCAUCCACGACAUGGAGACGCUGCAGUUGGCCGAACAGACUCUUGUGGCCAAGAUGGUGAGCUCUUCUGGGGCUCUGCUGAAUAAAGACGCGGAAGUUCGAAUAUUCCACUGCUGUCAGUGCACUUCGGUCGAGACGGUGACCGAACUGACUGAAUUCGCCAAGUCCGUGCCAGGCUUCUCAAACCUGGAUUUAAAUGACCAGGUGACAUUAUUAAAGUACGGCGUCCAUGAGGCGCUCUUCGCCAUGUUGGCAUCAUGCAUGAAUAAAGACGGUCUGCUGGUCGCGUACGGCAGCGGCUUCAUCACCAGAGAGUUCCUGAAGAGCUUGCGACGGCCGUUCAGUGAAAUGAUGGAGCCCAAGUUUCAGUUUGCAAUGAAGUUUAACUCCCUCGAACUGGACGAUAGUGACCUCGCAUUGUUUGUUGCUGCCAUCAUCUGCUGUGGAGAUCGGCCAGGCCUGGUGAACGUCCCGCACAUCGAGCGAAUGCAGGAGAGCAUCGUAAACGUGCUUCAUCUGCACCUCAAGAGCAACCAUCCCGACAACGGAUUCCUCUUCCCUAAACUCCUGCAGAAACUAGUGGACCUGCGGCAGCUGGUGACGGAGCACGCUCAGUUAGUGCAGGAAAUCAAAAAGACAGAAGACACUUCGCUGCAUCCCUUACUGCAGGAGAUUUACAGAGACAUGUACUGAGUCGCUUUUGGCUCAUUCUUCUGCUUGAUUUCUAGAAGACGACAUGCUUGGAGAGGCCCGUUUCUCUCAGGGGCCCUCAAAACAAGUCCCCUCCACAGCUACACUGUGAUCUUUUAUUAAGGGGCGUCAUGUGAACCACUAUUUUUGGGAUUUCUGGAUGAAAACGCCAGGAACAUCAGGGCUCUUCAUUAAUGUUGAGUUAAACAAUGCUUUCUGCGGUUAUUGGUUUAAAGAGAACAAAACAAGACAAUGCCAAUUAAGAUUUUUGGAUAUUUUACAAUUACUUACUGGUCCCUUGGGCCAGAAACUGUGAAUAGAAACCCUAAAAUCCAACUUAUUCAUACAGCAAUAUGAUUUUUUAAUAUUGACAUGGUAACUUUUGAUAGUGUACGCUUUAAACACGCAGUUUUCACCCAAGUGACUUCCACGUAGAUCCGCCGUAACUAGUGAAACUGACCGUUUUGCAAAGCUACAGGGAUUUUGCUUCAUGGUUAACGUUGUUAUUCCUCAUCUUAAUUCAGUCAUAUUUCAACAUUUGCGAAUGUUUAGUGGUUUCUUUUUCCCGUUAUUGUGAAAAACAUGAAUUAUUUAUAGUUUUAUCGGCUCACUCCCAGUAUUACGGUCUCAGUCCGUAACUGCAGUUUUCGAGUUAUAAAAUGCAGUGCUCAAAUACAAAGCAGAUCAAUACCUCAGGACCGAUGCCUUCUGACAGAGCACAAGCGCUCCAGGUUGUGCAGUUUUACAGUAAUCUACUGUUUAAAGGGCUAAAGGAGUGAGGAAACGACAAGUGAGGCCUGUUACAGCAUUUAUACCGCAAGCGUGACACUGCACGGAGAGCCCGUUUCUGAUAACCAUUUUAUAAUAUAUAGUCGUUUUUAAAGGAAACAUUCAGUGCAGUGACUCAGAAAUCACUGCACGGAGUUGCAUACUGCAUGCUGCAGAUGCAAAGCCUAGCUUGCUUUAAUUUCCUUCCUGUCUUAAGGAUAAGUUUCACACCGUUUGUCUGUCUGUCCCUCCAGUAGUCUGUCACUCUUCUCCGUUCUUGACAUUUUCUCAGAACCACAGUGCCUAGUCUCGACAUCGCGGUGAAAAACGUCUCAUUGUUUUUUACUUCCCUAUAUAAACCAGGAACAGAAGCUAAUUAAAAAAUGUCUGUGUCGUACCGCCUUUUGUAAACGUAAACUCUAUGUGCAGUUAUCUACGUUAAAAGGUUGUUGCGUAAGGGGCCGUUCACACAGAACGCAUUUUUUGCAUUAUACUGUGACGCUUUUCCGUUAUUUUUCUAUGUAAACAUGCGCUAGACAGACAUGUUUGACCACUGCACUCGCAUGUUUUACGGUGACUCUCUCAUGAGACUGCACUCAUGUUAAAACAAUGUUUUGAGACCUUUCGGGGCCCCCCCCCCCAUCUACUGCACUGUCUCACGUUUUUAACACAAAAACAUACUCUGUGAACCGGCCCUAAGAGUGUAACAGUACAUAAAGGGGCAUUUGAUGGAUUAGAUUGUGUAAAAUUAAUUUUGAGAUUGUGUAAAGAGCCAUUCUAAAAUUAAGCUAAAAAUUGGAUUCCUAGAAAUAAUAUGGAGCCUCUAAAGGGACAUAGCGAUGCUAAAUAACAUGGGAUAGGAGAUAAAAAAUAUUUGUUUGUAAAAUUAUUUUUUUGUUUGUUAAUUGUUAUUUGUUAAUCUGAGAAAUUUUGAGUUUGAUUACAAACCUUUUGCGUUACUCCACGAAACAUUUUUGUUCGUUCCAACAAAAAACCUUUGCGAUCACUCUUAAAAAUAUUGCAUUGCCCCAAAAAACUUUGCAUUUGCUCACAAAACAUUUGCGUUUGGUCACUAAAGUAUUGAGUUCCCCCAAGAAACUUCAACUUCAAAAAACAUUCGAGUAUGCUUGCUAAAGUAUUGUUUUCUUUCGCAAAACAUUGCAAAGGGAAAUGCAAAUAUUUAGUGAGAACGCAAAUGUUUUACGAGUUAAUGGAAAUUUUAGAUGGUGAACGCAAUACUUUUGCAAGAGAACGCAAAUGUUUUGAGAGCAAACGCAAAGUUUCCUGAGAGAACGCAAAUAUCUUGUGGGUGAACGUAAAUGUUUUAUGCAAAUGUUUUACAAGCAAACGCAAAGUUCCUCGGGGGAAUGCAGUACUUUUGCGAGAGAACGCAAAUGUUUUGCGAAAGAAUGUUCGCAAGAAAGUUUCUCAGGGGAACACGUGUUUUGCGAGUAACCGCAAAGUUUCUCGGGGGAACAAAAUAGUUUGCAAGAAAACGCAAAUGUUUUCCAAGUGAACGCAAAGCUACUCGGGGAUCGCAAUAUUUUUGCGAGAGAAAGCAAAAGCAUUUGUCAUCCAAUCUCAUUUUUUUCCAUCACCAUGUCCCCUUAGGGGCUUCGUAAACCAACACCUUCAGUUAAUUUCUUGUGAAUGUUUUGUUUUCCAUGUCACCAGCUUUACUGUUCCGAAGUUGUGAACAAUUACUAGCAAUAACUUAUUAUUGUCUAUUUUCACUUCAAAAAAACUAUUUUUUGCAUGAGAAAAAAAGUGUAAUGAUUUUUAGUAAGUACUUGGAAAACGCAUCUUGGUUUGCAACCUCGUAAAGCAAGUGAUUCAAUUUAAAAAUGCGUUCACACUGACAGUGAUUAAACUGCUGGAGGUCAUCGAGUCUCUUGGCUGCUAUUCGUUCCACAGCAUGCUGCAUCUCAUUUGCAUAAAAUUGAAAGCUGAAAGCAUCAAGUCACCAAAAAAAUUACAUCUUAUUCAAAACAAAUAACUUCAGGUCGUAUUGUCGCUGCAAAUUGUUGUCAACCUGAACAUCCCGUGUCACAUUUAUACAACGCAACUAGCUGUACCCGUGAACCCACUUUCCUGUAAAGGGAUGCACUUAAACAGUAAGGUUAUGUUUGUAACUGGAAAUGCUGAAGCUUUGCAACCCUGUAAAUAGCGGACGCGUGAUCAAGACAUCGUUUUGAUUUUUUGAUAAAUGCUUUUUAACGGCUAAAACAUUGUAUGCAUCUAGGUAUUAUGCACUACCGAGAUUAUGACAUUGUUGAUUGAAAUGUAGUCUUUUUCUACUAAAACAAAGGUAUCUUUAUUAAUAUAUAUAUAUAUAUAUAUAUAUAUAUAGCAGAUGUUGUGAAAUGAAAGUUUUAUGCAGUGCUAUGUAAAUAUGGGGGAAGAUUUGUCAUGGAACGACAUUUGCAUGGGAAUUAAUGUUGUAAAUUCCACAUUCCUUUUUAAUUCAGCGUGAGGACCUGCGCAUUUCCACCCUGAUCGGAAAGAUAAAUGGAGUGGCUUAUAAUCCUGAAGAUUUCAUUAUGUUGUAUGAGUUUUACUAAUGGUGAAUCGUCCAUUUGUACUUCAUCCCGACUGUUUCCUCUUGACUAGUAUGACAUAAGUGAUCAUUUUUAUUGAAGCUUGUUUCUGUCAUGGGAUAAAUAAGGGUAAUUGCAACAAUUCUGAAAGAAUUAGUGGGACACUUGGCGCUCUUUUUUUUUUUUUGCUGACUUUUUUCCCCCCCUUACAUAUUUUUGUAAUCAUCCUAAAUUAAAAAAAAAUAUAUCAUUCAAAACCGGAAACUGCAUCAAAAAGUAAACUGAAGUAUUUGAGUGUCACCCGGUGGCUAUUUUUGGUAUUAUGCUUAAAAUCUCAGGGGAAUCUUGAUUUUUGUGAUAUCAACUUCAAAUUUGGAACAUAACAUAGUUAGACACAUGUCUUUGACUUUAUAGCAAUUUUAGAUUUCAAAAUAUUGGUGAAAUAUUUUUAUAUCAUUUUUUAUGUACAGUACAUGUUCUUAACAGACCACCAACCUUUGGUCUUCAAACUUUACAAGAUAUAUACUCAGAAUUCUGAGACAAAAAGUCAAAAUUGUGAGAUGUAAAGGAAAAAGGAAGUC